UCAUGAUAUAUUUAAUUAUUUUGUUCUCCUCAACAAUAGGUAACGUUUACCUAACAACUAAUUAUUAUUAUUAUUAUUUUUUUUUUCAGUGCAGCAGAACUUUGUAUAUUAAUUACUAUAUAACACUAAAUGUACCUUCUUCAUUUUGCAGUCUGCUCCUCUGAUGCUGAUGUUGUUCAGGAGGAUAAUUUAAAAAUUGUUCAAGCCAGAGAAGAUGUGAACCUCACUUGCACCUUUUCAAAGCUUCUGCAACCGACAACAGCAUGGUUUAAACAGACAGCUGAUAGAAAAAACGUACAAAUUGUAUCUUUAUAUUUAAAUCAACAACCCAGUUGGAAUGAGGACUUUGAUGAAACAAAUCGUUUUAAUGUUAUUAAAGGAGAUGAUCAUUUUAAUCUGACCAUUUUAAAGACAAAACCUUCAGACUCAGCAACAUAUUACUGUGUAGUUUCAUCAUAUUACACCGUUGGAAUGGGUGCAGGAACCAGAUUACUUGUCAAAGAUGCAGCUAUGGACAGACACCUAACUCUUCAGCAGUCUUCGAUAGACACGCUUCAUCCUGGGGAUUCUGUGAGUUUGCAGUGCAGCAUCUUCACUGAGAGCUGUGCAGGAGAACACAGUGUCUACUGGUUCAGGCAAAGCUUGGGAGAAUCUCAAGGAAUACUUUACACAAAAGGAGAGAGAAAUGGUCAGUGUGAGAACAGCACUGAGUCUCAAACACAGAGCUGUGUCUACAAUCUCUUCAAGAGCAACAUCAGUCACUCUGAUGCUGGGAUUUACUACUGUGCUGUGGCCGCGUGUGGAGAGAUACUGUUUGGAAAAGGAACUGAACUAAAUUUUAGAGAGAGUGUCAAUGUGAAUCCAAUCCUGCUUGUUCUUGGAGUUUUAAACAUCAUAUUUUUGACUUUACCUGUUUUUCUGGCCAUAAAACGAUGUCAGGAUCCAAAUAAAAAGUGUCAAGGUGAGGAAAUUCUGAGUUAUGCAGCACAUAGUUCUUUCAUGGCAAAUGAACCCAAAGUGAAGAUUACUGAAGAACACUCUCUUGUGACAUACAGCAUGUAUACUUAAAAAAAAUGUACAUACCAGAUUUGCAGCAAUUAAUGUUACAUUGUCUUUUUAAUAUACUCUGUAAUAUGUAAUUUCAUUUUUAACAUGUUAUUAGAGUUUUACAUAUACCUGGCUGCAUGUAGACAUGGCCAUCUAUCCAGAACAGAAAUCCAUCCGCAGAUGCUUGUUGGUAUGUUUAACUCUGUUUACUUGCAUUAUAUUGGGGUUUUGACAAUUGAUUGUAUCUGAAAUCAGAUGAUUUGUCUCAAAGAACUUGCCACACAUUCCUUUUUAUACUCUCAGUAGAAAUGUAGGACAUGAUGUGUAAUUUACAAUGUAAUUUUGCAUAAAUGGUGUUAUACAAUAAUGCAUGAUCUGUGAUAUCUACAUAAAUGUUUUUAGUUUCUGUAAAUAGGCAAACAUGAAGUCUGCUUUAUACAUUAUUGUUUCUGUAUCUUUUAUCCAUUGUCUUUUUCUUUUUACACUUAAUGCACAUUCAGUGUCAAUGACAAUUUCACACAGCCAUCCAAACAGACUU